GUUAACGCGCGCCCGGAGCGGAAGCGGAAGCGGCUAGUCUCCAUGGCGGUGGCGGCGGCAGGGGCUGCGGGACCCGUGUUCUGGAGGCGACUGCUGGGCCUCCUGCCCGGCCGCCCCGGGCUGGCCGCGCUCCUGGGACGCCUGUCCGACCGCCUCGGCAGGAACCGGGACCGCCGGCGCAGGAGGUCACCAUGGCUGUUACUGGCUCCCUUGCUGUCCCCAGCUGUUCCCCAGGUCACCUCCCCACCAUGUUGCCUGUGUCCAGAAGGUGUGCACCGGUUCCAGUGGAUCAGAAACCUGGUUCCAGAAUUUGGAGUCUCCAGUUCUCAUGUCAGGGUGCUUUCUUCCCCGGCAGAGUUUUUUGAGCUCAUGAAGGGGCAGAUAAGAGUGGCCAAGAGGCGAGUCGUGAUGGCAUCCCUCUACCUGGGCACAGGUCCUUUGGAACAGGAGCUGGUGGACUGCCUGGAAAGUACUCUAGAAAAGUCACUCCAAGCAAAGCUUCCUUCAGAUCUCAAGGUCUCUAUUCUCUUAGACUUCACACGGGGCUCACGAGGCCGGAAGAACUCACGCACGAUGCUGCUCCCACUCCUGCAGAGGUUCCCAGAGCAGGUCCGAGUCUCGCUCUUUCACACGCCGCACCUCCGCGGCCUGCUCCGGCUCCUCAUCCCAGAGCGCUUCAAUGAGACCAUCGGCCUCCAGCACAUGAAGGUGUACCUCUUCGACAACAGCGUCAUCGUGAGCGGUGCAAACCUGAGUGACUCCUACUUCACCAACCGCCAGGACCGCUACGUGUUCUUGCAGGACUGUGCGGAGAUUGCCGACUUCUUCACCGAGCUGGUGGACGCGGUGGGGGACGUGUCCCUGCAGCUGCAGGGGGACGACACAGUGCAGGUGCUGGAUGGGAUGGUGCAUCCUUACAAAGGUGACCGGGCAGAGUACUGUAAGGCAGCCAAUAAGAGGGUCAUGGAUGUGAUCAACUCAGCCAGGACCCGCCAGCAGUUGCUGCAUGCCCAGACCUUCCAUGGCAACUCCCUUUUGACCCAGGAAGACGCAGCAGCUGCCGGGGAUCGCAGACCAGCCCCUGACACCUGGAUUUAUCCACUGAUUCAGAUGAAGCCCUUCGAGAUUCAAAUCGAUGAGAUUGUCACUGAGACCCUGUUGACUGAGGCCGAGUGUGGUGCAAAGGUCUACCUCACCACUGGCUACUUCAACCUGACCCAGGCCUACAUGGACCUGGUCUUGGGCACGAGGGCUGAGUACCAGAUCCUGCUGGCCUCACCAGAGGUGAACGGCUUCUUCGGGGCCAAAGGCGUGGCUGGCGCCAUCCCCGCCGCCUACGUGCACAUCGAGCGGCAGUUCUACAGCGCAGUGUGCAGCCUGGGCCAGCAGGAGCGGGUCCGGCUGCAGGAGUACUGGCGGAGGGGCUGGACAUUCCACGCCAAAGGCCUCUGGCUGUACCUGGCAGGGAGCAGCCUGCCCUGUCUCACGCUGAUUGGCUCUCCUAAUUUUGGGUACAGGUCAGUUCACCGGGACCUGGAGGCCCAGAUUGCGAUCGUGACAGAGAACCAGGCUCUGCAGCAGCAGCUUCACCAGGAGCAAGAGCAGCUCUACCUGAGGUCCGGUGUGGUGUCAUCUGGCACCUUUGAGCAGCCGAGUCGGCAGGUGAAGUUGUGGGUGAAGAUGGUAACUCCACUGAUCAAGAACUUCUUCUGAGGACAGACAGGAAUGGCCUUGAUGAAGAUGACAGGCAUGGCUGGCGUCAGCUCCUUCAGGCGCGCUUCGGCGAUGACUCCGGUCUGGGUGUCCCAGCGAGCCCCUGCGGGGACAGCAUGGCUGAGGGUUGGGAGGUGGCUGGCUCCUGUCUGGAACACUGCCAGUAAGUGAGGGAGGGGCUGGUCCUUGAGUUCCUCGCCUUUUGCAGAGAUGGGCUCCACCCCGAAAGGCAUCAGGCCAUGUGCCAUGGUUGUAAGCAGAGGCCCUCGGAGGUGACGCUGUGCAUGUCCUAACUACCCCGUGUCUCGCUGUGCACGAACAGCUCAGCCAAAGCCCUUGGGUUCCACCUGUUUUAAGAGAGCCUCUUACCAGUGGCGGGGAGUGGUAACUCCAGCUCAAAAUUAAAGAAGUUCCCUGCCUCUUCAUGUGUCCUGGCUGCCCUGUGUGUACACAGUGUCAUUAUAUAUCUAUGCAUAUAAACAUGAUUUGCCUUUAACCGGACUAUUAUUUCAACUCGCCCUAUUUAAUGAUGUUUCUCUUUCCCGUCUGAAAUUUCAAAAUAAACAUGGAG